AAAAAUUAGAUUUAUUAUUCGAGGGUAUUUAUUCUCUCUCCAUUGAAUUGAGUACUAUGACAGUGUGUGAGCAGAGUUUGUUGCAAAGGAAAAAAUUUGAGAGAAGAUAGAAAGAUGGUGGUUUUGAGGAUGUAAAGGAAGAGAGUUGCAGAGAGAAAUGGCUUUUUUGAUGAAGAACCCCACCAUCUAAAAAGCAACAAAUGUUUCUGGUCUUUUUUGUGGUCAUUGGUGCUUGCUUCCAGGCCCACAUUUUCGGGCAAGACAAGCCACCACUACUGAAAGCAAAGAAAAAGAAAAGAACCCAUUCUUUUUCCCAAGUCCCACGCCACAAUUGCUUGCUUCUUCCUUUCAGAUCCAAAUGGAAGGGGUUCAGUACUCAAUUUUCUCUCAAGCAUCUUCUGUCACAAAGGUUUAUCAGAGUAAUGGCGAGACUGCUUCAAUAGUUAAUUUGGAUUCCACAUUAUAGUAUGGGUUUUGCGCUUACAAGAACAUUUGCAGAAUCUUCAAGCUUCUUCAGUAGUAGUAUGAGUGAAUUUGAUACUCAAUUUGGGGUGAUCUUUGUGAUGCAUGUUUUCUGUAAUUGAGAAUCUUUGUAGAAAUUCCGAGUUCCAUUUAUUACCAACCAGUACCCUGUAAUGUUGCUUGGCAAUGGGAAGAAAGGGUAGCUGGUUCAGUGCAGUGAAGAGUGUCUUUGCUUCCAAUCAAAGAGCAAAAUCGGAUAAGAGGCCAUCCAAAGAGAGAAAGAAGCGAAAAUGGUUGUUCGGGUUAUGGAAAGCCAAGUCACCUUCAUUAACUGCUCCUCCACUAUUGCCCAAGGAGAGGACUCUUAGUGAAGCUGAGGAGGAGCAGAACAAACAUGCCUUGGCUGUAGCCAUUGCCACUGCAGCAGCUGCAGAGGCAGCUGUUGCUGCUGCUCAAGUAGCUGCUGAGAUUGUUAGGCUUACUGGCACUCCUCGAUCUCAUCAACGCUCAGAGAAAGAGAUUCAAGAAUUCGCAGCUAUUAAAAUUCAGACAAUUUUUCGAGGAUACCUGGCAAGGAAAGCAUUGCGAGCCCUGAAGGGAUUGGUGCGUCUGCAAGCUAUGGUUCGAGGCCAUGCUGUAAGGCGCCAGGCAACGAAUACGUUGAGAAGUAUGCAAACCCUUUUGAGAAUUCAGUCUCAGGUGAAAGCAGGAAGAGUGAGAUUAGCAGAGGAGAACCAGGCUUGUGAAAAACAUCCAGCUAAGAAGCAAGCCAAUGAAAUCAAACAAGAGCUUGAAUCAAAAUCGGAAAAGAAAUGGGAUGGCAGACCUCUUUCAAAGGAAGAAUCUGAUUCCUUGUCUCUAAAGAGGCGAGUAGCUGCAUUCAAACGAGAGAGGGCAAUAAGAUAUGCAUCUUCUCAUCGGGAGAGGACAAAGGGGAAACAAUCAACUGAUUCUGCAGUAAUAGCCAGACAACAAAAUAUAUCCAAUUGGGAGUGGACCUGGUUAGAGCAUUGGAUGGAUUCAAUGCCAUGGGAAAGUGAUUGCCCAGAGAACUCUGAUCAAAUCACACAAGAUAAACCAGUCAUCAUUAGCACUGCCAAUUGCUUCGACUCAUCCCAAAAAUAUCCUGCGGCCAUAAAACAAAAGGAGUUUCAAAGGUCGGGAAGAUCCUUGGGCUCACAAUCACCACAAAAGUCAUUCCAGCAAAGUCAAGUUAGGCCUUCAAGCCCACAGAUCUUAAGAGCACAACUUGAGGAAUUCAGCAGCAGAUGUGGCUCAAAGUGCAGUGUGAGAAGCUCAUUUCAAGAUGAUGAAUCUUAUGCAAGUUCCCCUUCUAUUCCAAGCUACAUGGUUCCUACUGAAUCAGCAAGGGCGAAGACAAGAUCAAGCAGUGCGCCAAAGCAGAGAGUGGGAUGCCUUUCAGAUAGACUCAGUGACCAUAUUUCACCUACUAAGAGAAGACUCCCUUUUGCAUCGUCUAAUAGUGAGACUGUGCCGCGAACCCGGGUUGUUAGAUCCCCUGAUUCUAGGCAGAGAUCUCCAAGCUUGAAAGGUCUCUCCUGCCCAGUGAAAUCAGAGAGAACAAUAAACUCAUAUCGGAAUCUCAGUCUCAAUUCAGAUUGCUCCUUUCUAAAUUGGGAUCACCGUGGCACAUUCAGAUGAUUUUUCUUCUUCUUGUGGUAUUGAGUGAGGACCAAUUGGCUUUUAUAUAUCACAUUAUCAAUAACUUGACUGAAAGAGCUAGUGGUUGCACUUGUAAUCAUCCAUCGUUUCUCCUUUUGCCAUUUUCCAUCGAAGUGGUUAGUUAUCGUCUUGACUCUUCCCGGGACGCCAAAUUGCCAAACAUGUUUUGACGGUGUGGGUAGUUUGCAUUCCCAUUGUUAGUUUAGUUUCUUGAAUGUUGAUCUUGGAUUUGUGAAGAUUAUGCUUGGUGGAUGUCCUGAUUGGAGUGCAGUCUGUAAUCAAGAAGUGUAAAAAAUGAUAUACAACACUUCAAAUUGAAGGAAAGACUUCUUAUGCAUUUGGUUGUAUUCUAGUAUUCAUUUGGUCAGCAUUUGAACACUUGAUGAUGUCCAAUAUGUUAUUGAUCUUGCGUUCAGAUUUGUGUGCUGAUGAAUGUUCCCUGCAUUAGGUAAACAGUAAGGGAACCUCUCACCUAUCUUAGGGUUAUUCCAAUA